GGAACUGGAGGGCGAAGGAGGAAGUUACUCGUGGACUUGAAGCUUCUCGCCGCCGCCUUGCCCAUAGUCGCCGCUACUCCGCCGCCGCCGCCCCUGGAUGCGCAGAUGGACCCGGUCGGAGUCGCCGCCCCCGCCGCCCCCGAGGCCCACCCGGGCCCCGCCUGGCAGAGCAAGUGUCCAUGGGGAACCCCCAAAACUACAGUAAUAUCCUGUUCCCUUGCUGAUGUAAUGAGUGAACAGUUAGCAAAAGAACUGCAGUUGGAAGAAGAAAACGCUGCUUUUCCUGAAGUUGUUACUGCUGCUGAGGGACCAUUUAUUACAGGAGAAAACACUGACACUUCCAGUGACCUAAUGCUAGCUCAGAUGCUGCAAAUGGAGUUUGACCGAGAGUAUGAUGCACAGCUCCGGCGUGAAGAAAAAAAGUUCAAUGGAGAUAGUAAAGUCUCUAUAUCAUUUGAGAACUACCGAAAGGUACAUCCUUUUGAAGACAGUGACAGCUCAGAAGAUGAGGUCGACUGGCAGGAUACCCGUCAUGAUCCCUAUCAAGCAGACAAACCGACUACCACUCCAAAAAAGGGCUUUAUUGGGAAAGGAAAAGACAUUACCACCAAACAUGAUGAGGUGGUAUGCGGGAGGAAGAAUACUGCUCGAAUGGAAAAUUUUGCACCAGAAUUCCAAGUUGGAGAUGGAAUUGGAAUGGACUUGAAACUAUCCAAUCAAGUCUUUAAUGCUUUAAAGCAACAUGCUUACUCUGAGGAACGUCGAAGUGCAAGAGUCCAUGAGAAAAAGGAGCACUCUACUGCUGAGAAAGCAGUAGAUCCUAAAACACGUUUACUUCUGUACAAGAUGGUCAAUUCUGGGAUGCUAGAGACCAUCACUGGCUGUAUUAGCACAGGAAAAGAGUCUGUUGUUUUCCAUGCAUAUGGAGGAAAAAGUGUAGGUGAAGAUGCUAAAGCUAUACCUCCAGAGUGUGCCAUUAAGGUGUUUAAAACAACCCUUAAUGAAUUCAAGAAUCGUGACAAAUACAUUAAAGAUGACUACAGGUUUAAAGACCGCUUCAGUAAAUUGAAUCCACGGAAGAUUAUCCGAAUGUGGGCAGAAAAAGAAAUGCACAAUCUAACAAGAAUGCAGAAUGCAGGAAUCCCUUGUCCCCAAGUGGUUAUCCUUAAGAAACAUGUCUUGGUCAUGUCUUUCAUUGGCUGUGAUCAAGUCCCAGCUCCUAAACUGAAGGAAGUAAAACUUGGUAGUGAAGACAUGAAAAAGGCCUACUAUCAAAUUCUUAAUAUGAUGCAGCAGUUGUAUAAAGAGUGUAAUCUGGUCCAUGCUGACCUGAGUGAGUACAACAUGCUAUGGCAUGAUGGCAAGGUCUGGUUAAUUGAUGUAAGUCAAUCUGUGGAGCCAACACAUCCUCAUGGACUUGACUUCUUGUUCAGAGACUGCAGGAAUGUUUCUCAGUUCUUCCAGAAAGGAGGCGUUUCAGAAGCACUUAAUGAACGGGAGCUCUUCAAUGCUGUUUCAGGUUUAAAUAUUACAGCUGACAACGAAGCGGAUUUCCUAGCUGAGAUUGAAGCUUUGGAAAAAAUAAAUGAAGAUCAUGUCCAGAACUAUGGAAAGAAAUUUUCUGCCUUUUCAAGCGAUGGGGAUCCACCACUAAUAUAUGAUGAAUAGCACUGUGUGUGUGUGUGUGUGUACCUGUUGUUUAUAAAAAACAACAACAAAAGUUUACUGCUUCUAACCAUGUUAGUGCAGUGGUAAAUGUCUGCUACCAAUGGCAAGGCAAGUAAGUAGUGGUUGAUCUGGAAUACCAAAAAGGAAAACAAGGAGUGUACACUGGUGCUUCAGUGUGUCUUAUAUUAGCCCACAAGUCAGUUCAGCACUGUGAGAAUCGAAAGUCACUACCUCUUCUAAUGUUCUUACAAUUUAACCAAACUUUCAGUUAUGUUAGACAAUUGUAGCUGAGCUAAUCAUAUUUGCAUGAUCCAGAACUUAAGUAUUUAAAAAAUGGGGACAGUUCUUUGUUUAAUUUCUAAAACGUGUGGUGGGAGAUGAGCAGAAGUCCCUCUUCUCCUUCCCAUUACUACCCUAAGACCUAUCUGAUUACAAAUUGUGUAUAGACACAAUAUAUGUUUGUUUUUUAAGUAGAAAUUCAAAUGAAAAAGCAAACUAUGGAUAAUAGUCACUUAAAAUAUUACUGCCAAUUGAAAACAGACUUUGUACUUUUAAAAUCUAUUCUUGCUGAAAGUAAAUGAAAUUGCCCUGUCUAAACUGGGUGUUACAUGAAAAUGGAGAAUACCUGAACCGUCCAGUAGAGGACUGGCUUGGUAGUAUGUGAGUUUCUUAUGGCAGCACCCAAAUCCUAAAACAGAGCAGACUUGCAGCUGUUCUCAUCUCUAACAUAGAGAUGCCUUCAGAGACUACAUGGAAGGUCAAAAUAAAUUCUCUGUAGUCCUUUUCCAAAUAGCAUUGAAACUGUAGGGUGACAUUUGACUUCCUGAUUCAGCUAAACAAAACCCAGUUCACAGAACCAAAGUUGAGUAUCAGAAUUUAUUUAAAAAAAGAAAAAAUGAACAGAGGUUUUUCUUCUACUGAAGUAAAAGAAUAAUUCAGAGUGCUGUAAAGGUUUUCUUUAAAUUAUUUUAGUUAAAAUGCCAAUUUUUCUCAUAUACAUUUUAUAUGUAACAUUUUUAAUUUUAAAAAAAUCUAAGUCUAGCAAGGCCUAAAGCCUGACAAAAGGUUAUUGCUUCACUAAAACAAUACAUUGGAAGAACUGACUUAGUGGGGUGAUAGGAAUCAAGAAAAUCCUAAGGGUUAACUCAUUUUUCUGUACUUUUCUGAUUGCUAUUUGUAACGCUGCUCUUUAUCAAGCAGGAUAUAUUGUUGGUGUGUAUUACAUUCUCACAGUGUGUUGUGAAAGUGCUGCUUUUUUCUAAUGAAAAAUGAAGGGUGAAGUAAAACUUGUGGCUG